AUGCAACCCCUCCUCCUCCACGCGCACGCCUCGGGCCCCAACCCCAUCAAAAUCGCCAUCGCCCUGGAAGCCCUAAACAUUCCCUACAACGUCAAAUUAUGGGAAUUCGGCAACGACCGCGAAAAGGGCGUCAAGGGAGAAGUUUUCCUCCGCAUCAACGAGAACGGCCGUGUCCCUGCCCUGGAAGACCCCAACACGGGUGUGGUGUCCUGGGAGUCGGGCGCUUGUAUGAACUAUGUUCGCCGUGUAUAUGACAAAGAGAACCUUCUGGGUCCGAAGGGGUCGGAGCAGGAUAUAGUGGAUUUUGAGAAGUGGGAGUACUUUUUGCUUUCUACGUUGGGGCCGAUGACGGGGCAGACGAAUUGGUAUAGGCACUACAAUGGAACUAAGAAUGAGGAUGCCCUGCAACGGUACUCGGCACAGACAGAGCGAUGCUAUGGGGUGCUGGAGGGCCAGCUGAAGAAGUCCGGGGGGCAGAGUGUCUUGCCUGGACGAAUUACGGCGGUUGACUAUCAUUUUGAGCCUUGGGUGCGAGAGUUUGAUUUCGCCGGGCUGUCGCUGGAGAAGUACCCUCUUAUUACGCAGUGGUUGCGGGUGAUGACGGGUCGGAAGGAGGUUCAGCAGGCUUAUAUUAAAAUUCAGGGAGCUGCGCCGCAGUUUUCCUAA